AUCAGUGCAGGAGAAGCACGCCGACAUCAAAAGUGCAACAUCACACCGCCGUGCCUUUUCAGCUCAGGAGGAGGAACCAUGCUGUCGUCCCAUUAAAGUCACCUUUCCCCGCAGAACAGCGCCUCAUCGUCGGGCUUGAACAGACCUUUUUGGGGAGUGUAUUGGAUUUGUAGUCACGGCCAUGGGCAGCAAAACUUUGCCAGCUCCAGUCCCUCUUCACCCAUCUCUCCAGCUGGCCGACUACUCCCUCCUGCAGAGCUCCACAGGCCUCCAGCUGCCAGCAGAUCACUUCCACAGUAUCUACAGCUUUAGUGCCCUGCAUGCCAUUCAGCUUCACCAAUGGACGCCUGGCUACCUUCCUGUGGCCCUGCCUCGCUGCACUAUCUCCAAGCUGCCUGCCCAGUUCUCCUCCGUGGCCUCCAUCCCCAUAUUCCCUCGCCUCCUGCAGCCCAAGCAGGACUCUGCAGUGUUGAUGCAGAGCUUGAAGAAGAAGCCCCGCUUUGACUUUGCCAACCUGGCCACAGCAGCCACCCAAGAAGAUCAUCUGAAGGCAGAAGACCUGAGCAUGGCAGGUGUCGCUGCUGCCGCUGCAGCCGCCGCUGCUGCAGCUUCAUCUCACCAUCCCAAUUCACCUGGCCCGGGGUGCGUUUUGGAUGUGACCAAGUUCUCCUCACCAGAGCGCAAGUCUAGUCGAGGCCGUUUACCCUCUAAGACCAAAAAAGAGUUUGUCUGCAAAUUCUGUGGCCGGCAUUUUACAAAAUCCUACAACCUGUUGAUCCACGAGAGGACACACACAGAUGAGAGGCCAUACACAUGUGAUAUCUGCCACAAAGCCUUCAGAAGGCAGGACCACCUCCGAGACCACAGGUACAUCCAUUCCAAAGAAAAGCCCUUCAAGUGUCAGGAGUGUGGGAAGGGCUUCUGUCAGUCCAGGACUCUAGCUGUUCACAAAACCUUACAUGUGCAAGUCAAGGAACUGAAGCCAGCCAAGAUGAAGUGAUUCUCUCUUCCUCACUCAGAGAGUGGGACACUGGAUAUUUACAGGAUGACCAAAGAUAAACAAUAAUCAAAGAACAACCAAAGACUUUCACGUCAACUGUUGGUGGAGGAUCUUUCAACAUCUUCCGCCUUUUGUUGGAAUGCUGCUCAAGGAUUAACAUUUUCACCAGCAAGUUCUUAAAUAGGAGAUGCAGAAAUAAUUAUUACACGAAGAGCGAGUGAGUCCAUUUGCUUGAGAACCCAGUGGGUAUGUGGAAUGUGAAAUGGACAUUAAUAGCAAUAGAUUCAAAGAAUCCAAAUACUGCACUGCAGAAACUCCAGACUGGCUUUAUAAUUGCACAACAAACCCUAUGCAAGCCAUCAUAUCAAAGACACAUUUUCCUCCAAGUCACACAUUUCUCACAUUCCAAUGUUACUUUUGUACAGAUGCAUUAUAACAGAAAUGUAUUUUUGCACUUUAAUCUGAUUAUUGAUUAUAACAUGUAUCACUGGAUUUUCCAAACCUAUUUUCAAAAUGAAUAAUCAUUUCUAAAUAAACAAUUUUACUGUUUGUGCUUGAGUCUGUUUUUAACCUCUUAAACCCUGGGCCCGACAGGCUUGCUAGAAAAAGACAUCCAAAAACGGUUUGCUACUGGAUAAGAGUAAAUAAAGCUGCGUGUUCCGAGAGGUUUUGCGGCAGAGAAAUGAUGCUGCUAUUACUGCUCCAUUAACGUUUGGUUUUAUGAAAUGAUUCAUGACCAAUGCUGGUCUCAGACUGCUCGCUUGUUUUUCACAUUUGCCCAUUUAAGUGCUUGUACAGUGGAACCCUGGUUAGCAUCAUGAAUCCGUUACAGAAGGUCUGACUGUAACCGAAGCGUAUUCUAAUCAAAUACAUUUUUCCCAUAAGCAAUCAUAUACACUACUGGUCAAAAGUUUGAGAACACUCCAGUUUCUCUGGAGGAAAAACCUACAUUUUUAAGUGUUUAGAUGCACUUUGUGUCUCUUUUAUUGUUAAUUCCCUUUUCUUUUUGUAGCAACAAAUGACUUUCUCCAGUACAAUGCUGUUCAGUGUUUUUAUGCACACAGAGGAGGUAGUAAGUACUCCAGAACUUGGAAAACCUGUAGGAAUCAGCUGCACCGACCUCCAUUUCUGCAGAACAGCUUUAAAUUUUUGACCCAUUUUGCGGUCCCUGAAACAGGCCUUUUUGUAUACUUCUGAAAUACCCAUUAGUUUUUAGUUUUGUGUAACCUUGCCUUUUUUUUUUUAACCUGUGGCCCUUCACCACUUACCUUUGUACCAUUUCAAGCUAUUCAUUGGAUGUGAACGGCUUGAAUUUCAAUAAAUAACUGGAAAAAUUGGGUUGUAAAACUUUUGACCGGUCGUGUAAAUCCAAUUAAUAUAUUCCAGAAAGCCAAAAAUGAUAAAACAAUACAUUUUUAUAGUCUUUCCAUUAUAGUUUUAUGUGCAGAAAACAAUACAAUAAAAAUGCGUAUCAAUACAGGAAAUACAUGUAUAAUAGAUAUUUAUAAUAUAAUAUAAAUAUAAUAAUAAUUACACAUAAAUGAUGAA